CCGGCGGGGCUCGGCCGCCGCCGCCGCCUCGUGCUCCGGGCGGCGGCGCUGCUGAGCUCCGCGGAGCCUCCGCGCCGCGCCGCCACCCAGCUCCUCACCAAGCGCUCCGGCGCGCAGCCCGCAGCGCCAGGCCGCGGCCGGCCUUCCCCCAUCCCCUCCCCGGGCGGCGGCGGCGGCGGCGGGAGGAGGCAGGAGGGGCGCGAUGGCGUCCUACGUGGAUAACAGCUUCCGCCAGGCGGUGAUGAAGAACCCGGCGGAGAGGAGCCCCCAGGAUUUGGAGAUUGUGUAUUCCUAUUUACAUGGAAUGGAAGCCUUGUCUAAUCUGAGAGAGCAUCAGCUAAGACUGAUGUGUGAAACCGUUAGAUAUGAAAGGCAUGAAGCUAAUGAAGUUCUGUACUACCCCGAUGAUAUUGGUACCUGUUGGUAUAUCCUGCUGUCUGGUUCAGUCUUCAUUAAAGAAUCUAUGUUUCUUCCAAGGAGCAGUUUUGGCAAGCGUUCUGCAGGAAGCUUCAGGCGUGGCUGUGAAUGCAUUGUUUUAGAGCCAUCUGAAAUGAUUGUGGUUGAUUAUAUGGAUGAAAAUGAGGAGUAUUUUCAGCGUCAAGCUUCUCAUAGGCAGUCUCGAAGAAGAUUUAGGAAAAUCAACCAAAAAGGGGAGCGACAAACAAUUAUUGAUACCGUUGACCCUUAUCCUGUGGGGAAACCACCUCUACCUAGAGGCUACCAUACGGAAUGCACUAAACCUCAGCUUCCUGCAGAUUUCACAAAGCUGCACCUUACUGACAGUCUCCACCCACAGGUGACCCACGUUUCAUCCAGUCACUCAGGAUGUAGCAUCACAAGUGAUUCAGGAAGCAGCAGCCUUUCUGAUAUUUACCAGGCUACAGAAAGUGAAGCUGGUGACAUGGAUCUCAGUGGGUUGCCAGAGACAGCAGUGGAUUCUGAAGAUGAUGAUGAUGAAGAAGACAUUGAAAGGGCAUCGGAUCCUUUGAUGAGUAGGGAUAUUGUUAGAGACUGCUUGGAGAAAGACCCAAUAGACAGGACAGAUGAUGACAUUGAACAACUACUGGAAUUCAUGCAUCAAUUGCCUGCUUUUGCCAACAUGACAAUGUCAGUGAGGAGAGAGCUCUGUGCUGUAAUGGUGUUUGCAGUUGUGGAGAGAGCAGGAACUAUUGUACUAAACGAUGGGGAAGAGCUGGAUUCCUGGUCAGUCAUUUUGAAUGGCUCUGUGGAGGUGACAUACCCUGAUGGAAGAACAGAGAUACUUUGCAUGGGGAACAGUUUUGGUGUUUCCCCUACCAUGGAAAAGGAAUAUAUGAAAGGAGUGAUGAGAACCAAAGUGGACGACUGCCAGUUUGUUUGUAUAGCCCAGCAAGAUUAUUGCCGCAUCCUCAAUCAGGUGGAAAAGAACAUGCAGAAGGUAGAAGAGGAAGGUGAGAUUGUCAUGGUGAAGGAGCACAGGGAGCUCGAUCGCACUGGAACAAGAAAAGGUCACAUUGUCAUCAAGGGAACAGCUGAAAGGUUAACAAUGCAUUUGGUGGAAGAACAUUCUGUGGUAGACCCAACCUUUAUAGAAGAUUUCCUGUUGACGUAUCGAACCUUUCUGUCCAGCCCAAUGGAAGUGGGCAAGAAGUUGUUGGAGUGGUUCAAUGACCCCAGCCUCAGGGAUAAGGUUACACGGGUAGUAUUGUUGUGGGUGAACAAUCACUUCAAUGAUUUUGAAGGAGAUCCUGCUAUGACUCGAUUUCUGGAAGAAUUUGAGAAUAAUUUGGAGAGGGAGAAAAUGGGUGGACAUUUGAGGCUGUUAAAUAUUGCUUGUGCUGCUAAAGCUAAACGAAGAUUGAUAACCUUAACAAAGCCAUCUCGAGAAGCCCCUUUGCCUUUUAUCUUGCUGGGAGGGUCAGAAAAAGGAUUUGGAAUCUUCGUUGACAGUGUAGAUUUUGGUAGCAAAGCUACAGAAGCAGGCUUGAAACGUGGAGACCAGAUACUGGAAGUGAAUGGUCAAAACUUCGAAAACAUUCAGCUGUCAAAAGCCAUGGAAAUCCUUAGAAAUAACACUCACCUGUCUAUCACUGUGAAAACCAAUUUAUUUGUUUUUAAAGAACUCUUAACUCGGUUGUCAGAGGAAAAAAGAAAUGGUGCUCCCCACCUGCCUAAAAUCGGUGAUAUUAAAAAGGCGAGUCGUUAUUCUAUCCCAGACCUUGCUGUUGAUGUGGAGCAGGUAAUAGGAUUAGAAAAAGUGAAUAAGAAAAGUAAAGCCAACACAGUUGGGGGAAGAAAUAAGUUAAAGAAGAUACUUGACAAGACUCGAAUCAGUAUUCUGCCUCAGAAACCAUACAAUGACAUUGGAAUUGGCCAGUCUCAGGAUGACAGCAUUGUGGGACUGAGGCAAAGCAAGCACAUUCCUCCUGCUUUACCUGUCAGUGGGACCCUGUCAUCCAGUAAUCCUGAUCUACUGCAGUCUCAUCACCGCAUCUUAGACUUCAAUACUACUCCAGACUUACCAGAUCAAGUUCUGCGGGUUUUCAAGGCGGAUCAGCAAAGUCGCUACAUCAUGAUCAGUAAGGACACAACGGCCAAGGAAGUGGUCAUCCAGGCUAUCAGGGAAUUUGCUCUCACCACGACCCCUGAUGCGUAUUCACUGUGUGAAGUCUCGGUCACGCCUGAGGGUGUAAUCAAGCAAAGGAGGCUUCCUGAUCAGUUAUCCAAGCUUGCUGACAGGAUACAGCUGAGUGGCAGGUAUUACCUGAAGAACAACAUGGAAACAGAAACUCUUUGUUCAGAUGAAGAUGCUCAAGAGUUACUAAGGGAAAGUCAAAUUUCCCUACUACAGCUCAGUACUGUUGAGGUGGCUACCCAGCUCUCCAUGAGAAACUUUGAGCUAUUCCGUAAUAUCGAACCCACGGAAUACAUAGAUGACUUGUUUAAACUCAAAUCAAAAACAGGUUGCACUAAUCUAAAAAUGUUUGAGGAGGUGAUAAAUCAAGAAACAUUCUGGGUAGCAUCUGAGAUUCUAAGAGAAACCAACCAGCUGAAAAGGAUGAAGAUCAUUAAGCAUUUCAUUAAGAUAGCUCUACACUGCAGAGAAUGCAAGAACUUCAACUCGAUGUUUGCCAUCAUUAGUGGCCUGAAUUUGGCACCAGUUGCAAGGCUCCGAACUACUUGGGAAAAGCUUCCAAGCAAGUAUGAAAAACUGUUUCAAGAUCUACAGGACUUGUUUGAUCCAUCUAGGAAUAUGGCAAAAUAUCGUAAUGUCCUUAACAGCCAAAACCUACAGCCCCCCAUUAUCCCCCUGUUUCCUGUUAUCAAAAAAGACCUUACAUUCCUUCAUGAAGGAAAUGAUUCAAAAGUGGAAGGCUUGGUUAAUUUUGAGAAGCUGAGAAUGAUUGCGAAAGAGAUACGUCAUGUUGGUCGCAUGGCAUCUGUGAACAUGGAUCCUGCUUUAAUGUUUAGAACUAGGAAGAAGAAAUGGAGGAGUUUGGGGUCUCUCAGCCAGGGCAGUACAAAUGCAGCUGUGCUGGAUGUCGCACAAACGGGUGGUCAUAAAAAGCGGGUCCGUCGCAGUUCCUUCCUUAAUGCUAAAAAAUUGUAUGAAGAUGCUCAGAUGGCACGGAAAGUAAAGCAGUAUCUCUCAAACUUGGACCUGGAAAUGGAUGAAGAGAGCCUCCAGACACUAUCUCUGCAGUGUGAGCCAGCCACCAACACACUGCCAAAGAAUACAGGAGACAAGCGAGCUGGAAAAUCCGAAACUUCACCGGUGGCUCCCCGGGCAGGCAUCCAGCAGAAAGUGCAGCAGCAGCAACAUAAAGUAAACCAAGCACUGCAGGUCCCUGCAGUGUCUCUUUAUCCCUCUCGCAAGAAAGUGCCAGUCAAAGAUCUCCCACCAUUUGGCAUUAACUCUCCGCAAGCUUUAAAGAAAAUUCUUUCAUUAUCUGAAGAAGGAAGUUUGGACCGUCACAAGAAGCAGUCUGAAGACACAAUAUCAAGUGCAUCUUCACAGCUGUCUUCUCCCCCUACUUCACCACAGAGCUCUCCAAGGAAAGGCUAUACUUUGGCUCCUAGUGGCACGGUGGAUAACUUUUCAGAUUCUGGUCACAGCGAAAUUUCUUCCAGAUCUAGUAUUGUCAGCAAUUCCUCUUUUGACUCUAUGCCAGUCUCCCUGCAUGAUGAGAGGAGACAGAGGCAUUCUGUCAGCAUCGUGGAGACAAAUCUUGGUGUGGGAAGGAUUGAUAGAAGAAUCAUGAUUGAACCAGAUCAAUACAGCUUAGGCUCAUAUGCACCACUGUCAGAAACCAGAGGCCUGUAUGCUGGAGCAACUGUGCUUUCCUCUCCUAGUACAGAAGAGCUAUCACAGGAUCAGGGGGACAGAGCUUCGCUUGAUGCAGCUGACAGUGGCCGUGGUAGCUGGACUUCUUGUUCAAGUGGUUCUCAUGACAACAUACAAACAAUACAGCACCAGAGAAGCUGGGAGACUCUGCCUUUUGGACAUGCUCAUUUCGAUAGUUCAGGCGAUGGGGCAGGACUGUGGGCCUCGGGCAGUCAUAUGGACCAGCUGAUGUUCCCCGAUCAUGGCACAAAGUAUGGCAGGCAAAGUCAAGGCAGGGAGGGCCUUGAUCAAGCACAGUCCAGAGCAAGCUGGGCAUCCUCAACAGGAUACUGGGGAGAGGACUCGGAAGGUGAUACAGGUACCAUAAAGCGGAGGGGUGGGAAGGAUGUUUCAACUGAAGCUGAAACCAGUAGCAUAACAUCCGUACCAGCAGAGGAGUCAAAGCCAGCUCCCGUGUCCACUCAUAUAGCAGUAUCAUCAAGUAGUACAAAGGGGCUCAUUGCACGAAAAGAGGGUCGAUACCGGGAACCACCUCCAACUCCUCCUGGUUAUGUAGGAAUACCAAUUGCUGAGUUUGCAGAAGGUGGUUCUCAUCCAACCAGAAAGCCUCCAGAUUACAACAUAGCACUUCAAAGGUCUAGAAUGGUGGCACGGACAUGUGAGACUCAUGGGACAUCAACUCCACAGCAGCAGUCGCAUGGCCAUUCAACUGGCAGGCCUGCGAACAAACCUCAGUGGCAUAAACCAAAUGAGUCAGAUCCCCGUCUCGCUCACUAUCCGUCUCAAGGGUUUUCCACAGAGGAAGAUGACUCCGGAGAAGUGAAGGCUGCCAAUCCGAGUAGUACUCAAAUGUGAGGAACUGCUGGUCUUGGAUUUUUUUUUUUUUCCAUUGAACUCAGCUGAUCAUAUUGAUCAGUAGAUAAACGUAAAUAGCUUCAACUUUUAAAGAUCAAAUUGCAGUGUUUUUUCACUGUAUCAAACAAAUGUCAGUGCUUUAUUUAAUUCUCUCUGUAAUCAUAGCUUUUGUCUAUUUGCUUAUGUAUCACAUUGUCAAUUAUGCAUUUGUAAUUUUACAUGUAAUAUGCAUUAUUUGCCAGUUUUAUUCUCAAGGCUAUGGACCUCGUGCAUAUAGAAGUACAAAAUCCUAGCUCUAUCACAAGUUGCACAAAUGUUAUAUAAGCAUUAAGUAAUUGUAGACCAUAGGACUGCUAAUCUCAGUUCGCUCUGUGAUGUCAAGUGCAGAAUGUACAAUUAACUGGUGAUUUCCUCAUACUUUUGAUACUACUUGUACCUGUAUGUCUUUUAGAAAGACAUUGGUGGAGUCUGUAUCCCUUUUGUAUUUUUAAUACAAUAAUUGUACAUAUUGGUUAUAUUUUUGUUGAAAAUGGUAGAAAUGUACUAUGUUUAUGCUUCUACAUCCAGUUUGUAUGAAGCUGGAAAAUAAAUAAAUAUAACAUUAAUGAAGUCCA